AUGAAGGACACAUACACACUGCCGGCGGCAGCAGACUUCCAUGUGCAUCUGCGAGAUGGCGCCAUGGCCGAGGCCGUAACGCCUACCAUCCGCCAGGGAGGUGCCGAAGUGGCCUACGUGAUGCCCAACCUGGUCCCUCCGGUCACCACGGUAGCGGCGGCGCUGGCUUACAAGGAGCGCCUGCAGAAUAUAGACCCGAGCGUCACCUACCUCAUGACCUUGUACCUCCAUGAAAGUAUCACCCCAGAGGUUGUCAAGGAAGCCAAAAAGGCCGGCAUCUCAGGCAUCAAGUCUUAUCCUGCUGGCGUGACUACCAACUCAUCGUCCGGAGUCAUCUCCUAUGAGCCCUUCUUUCCCGUAUUCAAGGCUAUGGAGGAGGAAGGCCUGGUUCUGAACCUCCACGGCGAAGUCCCUAGUGACCGCAAGGGCAUCACUGUUUUGAACGCAGAAGCCAGCUUUCUGCCUACGCUGCAGGAUUUGCACCGCAGAUUCCCCAAACUACGAAUUGUUCUUGAGCACUGCACCACUGCGGAUGCGGUUGCGGCUGUGAGAUCCUGCGGUGACACGGUUGUCGGUACCAUUACUGCUCACCAUCUGUCUCUCCUCGUCGACGACUGGGCCGGCAACGCUCUGUGCUUCUGCAAGCCUGUUGCGAAGACGCCUGCGGAUCGCCGUGGUCUCCUGGAGGCUGCCGUCAACAGCAGAGGGAAGUUCUUCCUCGGCACUGACUCCGCGCCCCAUGACGUCUCCGCUAAGAAGGGCAGUAAGGCAGCUGCCGGCGUAUUCACCCAGCCUUAUGCCUGCCAGUAUGUCUUGGCGGCUCUGGAAGAUGCCAUCGAGCGUGGCGAUAUCAAGGACGAAGACGUGACUGAAGAGUUCCUGCGUGGCUUCCUGGGCGAGUGGGGACGCAAAUUCUAUGGAAUUGCGGAGAGCAACCGGAAAAUUGUGUUAAAGAAGGGUGGUGAGGUCAUUGUCGAAUCGAUCAAGGGUGCUGGUGUGGAGGUCAUCCCAUUCAGAUCAGGGGAACCCACGUGGAGUGUGGAAUGGCAGUGA